AUGCCGUUGGAAUGGUUGUUUGGGCGUCGUAUGUCGCCCGAUGAAAUGUUGAGAAAGAAUCAGCGUGCUCUCAAUAAAGCAAUGCGUGAUUUAGACCGUGAAAAUAUGAGAAUGGAACAGCAAGAAAAGAAAAUCAUCAUGGACAUCAAAAAAAUGGCUAAAGAUGGACAGAUGGAAUCGGUGAAAAUCAUGGCUAGAGACUUAGUAAGAACAAGACGUUACCAGAAGAAAUUUAUGGUGAUGAAGGCUAAUAUACAAGCAGUAUCUUUAAAAAUACAAACGCUUAAAUCACAAAACGCUAUGGGUCAAGCAAUGAAAGGCGUAACUAAAGCAAUGCAAAAUAUGAACAGACAGUUGAAUUUACCACAAAUUCAAAGGAUACUGCAAGAGUUUGAAAAACAAUCUGAAGUGAUGGAUAUGAAAGAAGAAGUUAUGAAUGAUGCUAUGGAUGAUGCUAUGGAAGAUGAAGGAGAUGAAGAAGAAACAGAUCAAAUUGUAACACAAGUAUUAGAUGAAUUAGGUCUUCAGCUUACAGAUCAAUUGUCUGGAUUGCCUUCAGCUUCUGGCUCAAUAAGUAUAGCAGCCACUGGAAAAGUACCUAUUGUCGCUCAAGAUGGUGGAAGUGGUGGUGGUGCUGCUGCUGCACAACCAAAUGAUGCUGAUGCAGAUUUGCAAGCUAGAUUAGAUAAUUUAAGGCGCAAGUGAACAAUAUAAUUUGCAAACCCUAAUGCACACAUAAUAUUAUAUACAAACCUACUUGAUUGUAAAAAUUGUUAAAUAAUAAUCUUUAUUUUAUAUGCAUGAUUUUAAUAUAAAAUAUAUAUAUAAAUAUAUUUUUUUCAUUAAUAAUAAUUAAUAAAUAUUAUGGAAAAUUUAAAAA